CCCAUCGCAACUCGUCCUUUCCCUCUGCAUUCACGCCCAUCGCACCUGCCGUGACCGCGCUUGAAAGGAUGCAUCGUGUUCUCCAUUUGUGACUGCAACUUGUACAAACCACGCUCCGACACAUCCUCAGGGGCAUCAUGGCUCCACCCGAGACCAAAGAUGCCGCCGGCUUUCCUUUGCUCGGCUUGACCAACCCGCUCAACAGCAUAUCUGACCGCUCGUGGGGACAUGGCCUUGAUCGUGCACGUUUCAAGAAUGCGAUAUCGGACUGGUCGGGCACACCACUGAUGCUGAGUGAGCGCAACAUGAUUGCGGUCAUGGAUCGGCUCACCGACAAGCCUGAGUGGACCCGAAAGGUCUUUGACGAAGAGAUUGUCGCAAAGUGGAAGAAGGAAGCCAUCGAAAAGUUCAAGGACGAGCCCCCGCAAAAGCAAUUCAGCGUGAAAAUGUGGGACUAUUGUCUCGCAGAAAUGCGGGAAUACGCAGGGCUAGAGAAAGAGCACGGCUUUGUCCCAGCGCUGGAAGCCACUGCGACUGUGUUCAAGUCCGAUAGCAUCAUUGAUGCCCAGCUCAAGCAUGACCUCCGAGUGGCCGCCUCCGUAUUGGAAGACGUGCCGGAAAGUGCCAAGGACUGGCAUCCUGGUUCGGACGAUAUGGUUCUAGACCUGGUACAUCCGUCUUUGUUCCCACUCCUGUAUGGUCGCUCCAGGGUGUUGAAGCCCAGUUAUGGACACGUACUUGGUGACACCGACGGGCAGUGGGAAGGGAAGGGCGGAACCAUGACGCUAGACGAUUGCGAGCAAUGGAUUGGGAAAGGUGGCAUUAUGCCAGUACCUGGGCUGGCCGCAACACAGGUGUCAUCCUUCGCCGGAUUGUCCUCCUGGGAUAGGUGGGGGCGGGCGAACGACCAGCACUUCUAUUCUGCCAAGUUCCAGUGGCUACCAUGCGAGGUUGCGUUUGCAGACGGAGACGAGGUGAAGAUCACUAGCUACAUCAAUAACCUACAACCGAAGAAGCACAAAGGGCUUUACGAGGUCCUGGAGCACAUGAUCGCCAAGACAAUUCCCAUGUGGAACGCAACCCUGGACUCCACGCAGACUUUCCAUAAGGAGCCACGCAUCGACCUCCAAGACAUACCCUGGAUCGAGCCGGCGGGAGAACGACCGCGGGAAGAAGACGAGGGCUCAUCUGAUGAAGACACCUGGGAACUCGACAGCGAAUGGAGAGAAGCAAAUCGCAUACUCAUCCCUCCACAACCGAAUACCUAUUCGAGACGCGAAGGCACUUUCGCCAUGAAGGACAGCCGCGAGAAAGCCGUCAAUCUCCGCCAAGACUGGUCAGACCAAGGUCUUCAGGUCAUCGUCAAGCUCGCCAACAUUCAUCUCACCCCUGAAAAGCCAGAUUAUGAUGGCGGAGCCUGGCACAUCGAGGGGCAGCUUAACGAGCACAUUUGCGCGUCAGCGCUAUACUACUACGACAGCGACAAUAUCACCGACUCGUACCUCGCGUUCCGCGAAACGACGAGCCAGGAAUACCUCGCAGACAAACCGUACGAGCAGAGCGACCACACGCACUUCGAACUCCUCUACGACAUCGAUUCAGACGGCCCGUGCGUCCAGGAACUAGGCUCUACACUCACGCGCGAGGGACGCCUUUUGACCUUCCCUAAUGUUCUGCAGCACCGCGUGAGCCCCUUCUCCCUGGCAGACAAGACGAGACCUGGACAUCGCAAGAUCGUGGCGCUGUUUUUGGUCGAUCCGCAUACUAGGAUCCCGUCCACAGCCAAUGUGCCGCCGCAGCAGAAGGAGUGGUGGAAGGAAAUGGUACAUGAACUCGACCGGGUGAAUAAACUUCCAGCUGAACUGCAGGAGUGGGUGACGGACAGUGCAGGCGAUUUCCCGCUUACCCUUGAGGAAGCGAAGAAGAUCAGGGUGGAGUUGAUGGAUGAGCGGAGGCUGUUUGUGGCAGAUCAUGAGACGCGGAUUGAGCAGGAGUCUUUUAGCUUCUGCGAGCAUUGAGCGGAGUGGUGAUAUGAUAACUCCGUUCGGCUACUCGCUUUCGAAUAUGGGUCGCUUGUUUACAAGUUCAAGCGCUCAAUACGCUGCAACAUCCGUUACUAAGAUGAUAUUGAGUUC